CAAAUCAAGGGAGACUUACCUCAAAAGAUUAAUGAAACAUUUUGAGCAAUGAGAAACGAGGAAAAUCUGAAUAAAUAGCCACCUGACGAGGGAAAUGCCGAUCGAUUGAGUUGAGUUAUUUAUCCGAGAUUAAAUAGAGAACGAGAAACCACAAAACAUGAGAAACAAAUUGUUCAUUGCUUGUUUUACUCUUGUUGCAUUAUUUAGCAGCAACGUCUCCAUGCACAGAAUUUAUGACAAUUUAAUCCAUUGCUAUCGUGCGAAUGAAACAUUGCCAUCGAUUGGUGCCUCGAUGCGUGUCCUAAUUGAAUUAAUCGCGAAACUCGAGGACAAAAUUCCGCCAAAUAUCGACCUUCGGCAUGUAGCGACGAAUAUUUUUCACGAAAUGCGACAAGAUGGCAUCGAAAGAACGCCCGGCGGGGUUGAAAGUGAAUUCGUGACGCCUUAUGGAGCAACCGGAAGUCACAUUUACAAAUUUAAUUUGCUGAAAAAUCUUAUCUCGCACACAUCGCAUCGCAUAAAUUUCGCAAAUUAUCUCACAAAAACGGAAAUUUGUUACUUGCACAAGUUAAUAAGCACCGGAGUUGAGCCCUACAUUCGCGGCGAUGAAGUUCGAACAUGUCCCGUUACUCGGAGAAGAGGCGACGGAACAGCAUCUCGUCCUGAUCCGUUCAAUCGGAGACGUCCUCAUGUGAAUGCAACGACAGCAGGAGGUGCAAAAAAUCCAAAAGUUUUGAGUUCUUGCCCAUUGGAACUUGGCGCAGUAAAAAGUGAAUUUGGGACAGUGACGCCGGGAACGUUAAUUGGAGCAAUUGCAGCUGGAUUGCAACCGCAAAAUGUGCAAAUGAAUGAUUUGAUGACAAGUCAUAGGAAGCAUAAUCCUUAUGAGCAUCUUGAGACGAUGGAUCCGAAAGACACGCGAAAAGCCAUUGAAAAGUUGUUUAAUUCGGUUGAAAGUGUCGAUAAUACGUUCGCUGCUGGAUUGAGCGGAGAUUUGGCUGAAGUUUGUGUCUUUCAGAGUCCGAUUUUGGGAGUUAAUGUUUCGGUUGGGAUGACAGGCACGUGGAAUAGUUCGUAUUUUCCGAGAUGGAGAUACCUUCCUGAAACCCACAAUUCCCGCUGGGAGAUGACUGACGCAGAGAUUCUUGCCGGCAUAGACAGUCAUUUUGUAGCGCAUCACGUAAAGACAUGGACUAACCGCAUUCAUCGUCUCCGUUUAUCGCAAAUUCUUCAAAUGUACUACGAUCAGCGGUACGGAAUCCCAUCAAUCACCAUCGAAAGUACAAACAACGUAAAACAGCAAGCAAUGACCCGAGAUGUUGAAGAAAUCGAUUUUGACUGGAAUGAAAGCACAACGAACAAAGUUGAACGCUUUCAAAAGUACAUCAACGAAAUUAGUUCCACUGCUGACGGGAUCAAUCGAGCGUGUCACCGACAAGCAAUUCUCCAAACAAUCGACUCGGAAAAAUUGAAAGAAGAAACGUAUCGAUUUGCACAAAUUCUUCAGUAUGCAGCGACGAGUAUCGUUGACGACGGAGAGAUGCGACGAGUUUGCGAUGUAACUGUCGACAAAUUCUUUGGGAAAGCGAGGGAAUUGACGAAAGACGACGAGUGCAGCAACGAUUUUGAGGAAUUUAGAGUGCCGAAUGUCGAUGUCACGUUAGUGAUUGAUGGAGCGCGUCCCGAAUACGAAAGUCAAGAGUUCAUUUUUCAUUUGGCAGAAAUGCUCGAAUUAAGCCCAAAAGGAUCAAAAUUGUCGAUAAUUCAUGGCAUGACGGGAAAGUAUAUGGUUAAAAGUGCUCCGAGUAUCGCCAAUGUCUUUGAACAGUUGAAGAAUUUCACGGAUCCAUAUCCAACCAGAUUAAGUCUCAACACAGCUCUCUUGUCCUUCAUCGCAACUCUUGCCAACCAAACGGAGACUGAAAUGGAAGAAUAUACUUACGGCGCGCCAUCCCACGUGCUUUUUGUCAUAUCACAAGGCAUCCGUAUGACUCAAGAGGAGUUUGACGUGUCACGACGCUUGAUGCAAUCAACUUUAACGCAAUUUCCCGACCUGUAUUACUUAUUUUUGACGAAUAAUCCGGAGACGUUCCGCGAGUUUGAAGGAAUUUCAUCGAAAAAUCAAUUUUUCAUGAUCGAAAGUGGUUCGACGAAAAUUUUGGAAUUUUCAAAAAAACUCCAAAAAACACUUCAAAACAUUCCAAAACGAAUAAUUUCGCCAUAUUGCAAGGAAAAAGGCGGCAAACACCUGUGGAGUGGUCAUACAGUGCGGGAUCAUUUUGAGGAAUUUAUCGCGCCGCAGCAGGAAAUCCGAUAUCGCAUCCACGCCAACUACUUCAGCGAUAAUUUCCAAGUGCAAUUUCAGGGAUUAGGAUAUGGCGAAAUUACGGUUUGCAUGACGCGCGAUGGCAACGAAGACGCACGUGAAUGCCGGAAUGUCGUCGAUUUGGAGUACAAUUGGUUUUCCUUCUACGACAUUUGUCGCGGCAAUUACGAAACGUGUGAAAAUGUUUAUUUUGCCGUCACCGUCGACAAGAGUUACGUCAAGUGUUCAGAGCAAGAUUGCCGUUUUCCGUACCAAGUAAAGUUUUUGGUUAAGCCCGUUGGAUUACGGUGUCAAACGAAUGCAGCGACAACACACGCAAAUCCUUCGUUUAAAUUAUUAUUGUUUGUGCAAAUUGUUUGCACUGUCCUAGUUUUACGUUUGAAUAAAUAUUUUUAAUGAAGCCCCUUAUUUAUCUGUGAGAAUAUGUUGGUUUUGUCACG